AUGGCAAAGAUCUCAGACUUUGGACUGCUCUGCUUCGACGUGUAUGGCACGCUGAUCGACUGGAACACCGGCCUCCUCAAGGCCUUCCAGCCGGUCCUCGACGCCAACAAAUCCGACGUCACGCCUCAGAAAGUGCUCGACCUGUUCAACGAGAUAGAGCACGAGCAACAGGUCCGCACGCCGGACAUGCGAUACGACCAGCUCCUGGCUACCGUGCACGCACAGGUCGCAGAGCGCCUCGGCUUCCCCGCGCCAUCCGACGAGCAGAACACGGCAUUCGGCGCCUCCAUCGGCUCGUGGCCCGCCUUCCCCGACACUGCCGACGCUCUGCGCAGGCUGGGCAAGCACUACAAGCUCGUUGUGCUCUCCAACGUGGACCGCGAGUCCUUCGCGGCCAGCAAUAGCGGCCCCAUGGAGGGGGUCAAGUUCGACCUCAUCUUGACGGCCCAGGACAUCGGCAGCUACAAACCGGACCUGCGCAAUUUUGAGUACAUGCUGCGCGAGGCCGAGGGCAAACUGGGCAUCAGCAAGGAACGGGUGCUGGUGACGGCGCAGAGCCAGUUCCACGACCACCAUCCGGCGAAGAAGCUGGGCCUCAAGUCGGUGUGGAUCGAGCGCUCCGGUGGUCUUGUGGAGAAUAAGGCCAAGGAGAUGCACGACUGGAAGUUUGACACGCUGGGUCAGAUGGCCGAUGCGCUGGAGGAGGAGCUGAAGGGCUCCUCGUGA